AUGAAUCAUCCCUUUCGCGCCGCCUGGCCUCCUUUCCGGCCUCCUCCGCCCGAGGCCUCAGUGGACCCCGUCCCGGGCCAGAGCAGCACCGCCUCCGAGGCCCGGGUCGCGGCCCGAGCGCCGGACCCGGGGCCGGGCAGGAGCAGCCGGGCCGUGCGUGGCGUGGCCCGCACGAAGUCUGCGUCCCGCGCCCCCAGAGUGGUUUCCGCACAGCUGCAGCGCCGGGAGCCCCAGCCAGGCCUGGGCGGAGGCCCCAGCACCGGGGCCGCGCGCUGCCGCACCCGAAGCCGGGGAGCAGUGUCGGCCGCGUCCGAAGUCGGGGUUCGCAGCUGGGAACCGAGGCCCCGCAGAGCGCAGGGGCCGGCUGGGUCCCACCGCCGCGGGAGCCCUGGGCCCCGGGCGCUUCGGGGCGCAGCCACAGGCGCGUCCCAAGAGCAGACGCGAGCCGACCCCUCGGUCACCGAGUGCGGAGCCCUUUCCCCAGCCGGAAACCAGCGGAGUGACCACCCCACCUCGAGCCGGCGCUGGCGCCCAGCCCCUGCUCCUGCGAGAUCACCUUCCUUCCGCAGCCCGUCCCUGCUAAGAGGCGACAGCACGCGGAGCAGAGUCAGGCGACGUGUUCGGAGGUCUCAAGCCUCGAGGGGGCGUGGGGCCACGCUGGGGACCCCAGGGAGGCGGACUCUGGGACACACAGCCCGCUGGUCGCUGCAAGUUGCUCGGGCGGAGCCCCCUGUAACUCCCGGGUCCCGCCACCGCCCGCGUCCGCGCUCCGGCCCCGGGAAAAGGACCAGCGCCCUCAGAAGGGAGGAGCCAAGCGAAAAGUUGGGGAAAGUGGGUGGCGAGGCCGUGGCCCCUAGUUGUGCUCACCUGGCGCCACCGCGCCCGGACGGGUCGGGCUCCAAGUCCGCGCCGCCGUUCCCCGCGCCGCCUGGGUCUCUGCGAGCCCCGCCCCGACCCCCGGCCCCGCGCUGCCGGAACCUCGCCGCCGAAAUCUGCGGAAGGCAGGCCACGCCGUCCGCCCCGGCCCGCCAGGUGCCCGGAGGCGAGAACGGGCGUCGAGGGCAGCGCCCUCCCCGGGCGCAGCCGGGCACCCGACCCUCGAUGAGCAGCAUCCGCGGGCGAGGACACAGAACGCCGGGGCGCUCGGGGCCCGGACAGAGGAUGGAGCCGGUGUCACGGUGUUGGCGAAGUCGCGCUCACCCUAGCGGGGAGCAGCGCUCGUCCCCGAGGAGGAAGCGACGGCCCCGCGACGGCCCGACGGGGGGCGGCCUCGGGCGCUGAAGGAAUGCGGAGGGGGCCGGGCCGGGCGGGCCGCCAGUUUCCAUGAUGCGGGGGGCGGGCUCGCCGAGGGGCUCGGGCGGGCGUCCAGGCUGCGCGGCGGCCGGGCCCCUCGGGAGAAUUUCCGGCCUGGGAUUGAUUACGCCGCCCCUCCCCCGCCGCGGGACCCCCGGCUCGGGGCGGGGGAGGGGCGGUAAUGAGGCCCGGCUGGCGCGGGGCGGAGAGCGAGGAAGCGGGACAGUCCCCGAGCCGCGCAGCCCGGCAACCGAGCUCAGCCCCGGAGAGCCGGCAACCUUGGGAGGGACCCUGGGCGCCCCCGACGGACCGGGAGGAGGCACGGGUGGAGCUUCGAGGAGCUGCCUCCGCCGUGCCUCCCUCCUCCCUCGUUUCCUUCGCUCCUUUCGGGAGCCGGUGCCCACCGACCUCCCCUCAGCCUCCCCGCACCGCACGCAGACUCCAGACUCCGCCGCGUCCCGGAGCAGCGCCUGCUACGGUCCGGGCUCACUGCUGUCUCUGGGGACCAACACUUGGACUGACCUUACUGACUCCACCCUCGGGAAGAAGGCUGUCCCUGUGGGCUGCUUGGGCUUUCCUGCUCCUGCCCCUGCCCCUGCCCCGCUCCAGCCGCAGUCUCCAGCGGCUUGGGAGAGCACUCGGCGGGCACCGCCUGAUGCCAGUGUGUACACGGUGCCCUGCAGCUCCCGCCCAGAGACCUCAACUUCAACCAAGGAUCCAGAGCCAGUUCAAGGGCAAAAAGAGCACGGCCGAGGUCCCUCGUCGAUCAGGCUGCUCCGCCACAGGGUGACAUCGGCUGUAUAGGACGCCCCCGCCCCGGGUCUUGUUGCUCUGCAUCCUGCAGGUGGGUGGCGCUCCUUUGCCUUUGUGAUUAAAGAAGCUGUCUGUCCUCCCCGACCCCCCAUCCCCGGGGUUGGGGAACCCGCCUGGUACACAUGUCCAGAAUGCUCCUUCCCCAAGCCGUGGCCUCACUAGCUCCAAGGAUGCUGGGAGACUGCUCCUGGGGGACAACGAGGACCCUGCCACAGCCGGACGUCACAGCUUGUGACAUCUCCUUUGGUGACAAGUCGUACUGCUGAUGAGACAGUGACCCGUCACUGCGGAGGAAAAGCAGAGGCUCGACCCCUCCCCCCGGAUUCCAGGUGAGGAUCUCCAGGGUUGGCCCGGUUCUAGGGGGCAGCCCUCUGCAGGGGAAGGAGGGCGGGAGUUGGGGUUGGGACCGGCUGGCCAGGGCCGCGUGGGUGGAGACGCGGGGCGCCCCCUGGCGGCAAAGGUGUGCCCCUGCCCCGCGGGAGGCCAUCGCAGCCCUGCGGGCACCGGAUCCUGUGCCAAUCGCGCUCCCCACCCCCACCCACCCCGGCAAUCCUGGUCCCGGGGUCCCGGGGAUGAACUUCCUUGCAAACGGCCCGCUGCCAAGGAUCCCCUUGGGGAAGAUGGAGUGGCGGCGGAGGAGGGCCACACUGAAGGGACCAGCCCGUUAGGAGCGGGGAGCGGGCCCGGCCCAGGUACUCGGCUUAGCCAGAUCCCGCGUUACGCUCUCGCGGCCAGUGGGGGCAGCACUCCCUGAUCCCCGCCCCGCUGACUGAGGCUCGGGGACACUAAAUCACUCAGUAGGUGACAGCGCCAGGUCCAGUUCGGGACUGCGGGAGUCCAGGCCCACAUUACGGUGCUGACCACCUUGUUGUCCCCGACACCCCCAGGCUCACCCGGCUUGGGCCCCUGUAUUGUGGGGCGUCAGCCCGCCCUCCGUAGGUUUGCUCCCUAUCAACAGAACCGGCGCCCUUUGCGGUGUGUGUUUCCCCACAGCGGAGGGACAAGGCCCAGGGAGCGCCCUCCUGCCCCAAGCACCGCGCUGAUCCUCAUCCAAUGCCGCCGCCUGCGGGGGCGCUGGGCCGGGUGCGCUUCAAAGGGACAGAAACGCAGCCCAGGCUGCCCUCAUGGGCGCUAAGCUGGCCCUGAAGGGGCCGCAGGUCCUGAGCUCGCGUCUGUUUCCAUGGACGGGAGAAGUGACCCCAUCAGGCUGUGGGCCAGGGUCUGAGUCCAAAGCCCUCUCCACAUGGAGUCGGGAAGCUUCCAGACAAGGAAACAGUAACUCAAAGUUUACAUAACUGGGGUGGGGGUGUAGCUCAGCGGCACAUCGCCUGCCUGGCAAGCGAAAGGUCGUGAGUUUGAUUCCGGUACCGGAAAAAAACAAAAAAAAACAAAGUUUUCAUAACUUGGCCAACAAGAAGGUAGAGACCGUCACCCCACUCCUAGAAUCUCUCCUGUCCGCAUCUGCACAAUGCAAACGUGGUCCUCUGGGGAGCCGUGAGAGCCCAGCAGUGGGUAAAACUCCCCGCCACAGCCGCGCUUAGUAGGUGCGCAGGCUGUAGGUCCUUCGAUCAGUCUCUUAUUGGUACUUUCAGGAAGCGCAAGACCCCCCAAGGAGAAGACCAGCCACGAGGAAGGGAGCGAGUGCGUUCGCAGGGCCGCUGGUCCUUGAAGAUUCUCCUCCGAAGGACCCCGCGCCUGCAGACGUGAAGGUACUGACCCGGCCGUGCGCGCCGGGCCCCUGGGACGGACGGUUCUGGUUUGGCGGGGUCGCCAGUGAUGAUGGCCCUAGAGGCUUUUCCAGCUUCUCGGCUAGUUCCUCUUGCCAAGAGAUGCCUGAGAGAAAAGACUUAAGAUGAAUGAAAGCUCGCUGAAAGAAUCUGCAGUCGGCUCGAUGGUAACUGAAAGAAGUUUUUGCCCUCGUUGCAGUCGCUGAAGCUCGAGGUCAGGAACGGGGUGGGGAGGCGGCUGCACGUGGACGCUGGGAUUUUCCGCUCGCCUCGCCCUGGGCUGGGAAGGCGCCUGUGCCUUGCUGUUAGAAAUAAUGAAGAGUAAACACCUUUGUACUAGA